AUGCCUCUGGCUAGAGAUCUAUUACACCCUUCCUUGGAAGAGGAAAAGAAAAACAAUAAGAAGAAACGGCUGGUUCAGAGCCCAGAUGUGAAAUGUCCAGGUUGCUACAAGAUUGCUACAGUUUUCAGCCAUGCUCCUACAGUGGUUCUCUGCAGAGGUGGUUCAGCAGUGUUGUGCCAGCCCACAGGAGGAAAAGCCGGGCUCACAGAAGGCUGUUCACUUAGAAGAAAGCAACUCUAAUCAUCUAUACAAGUUCCUGAGUUUGUGUUUUUCACAGAAAGCUUUAUCAAGUUCAGUGACUCUACCAAGACAAUGUAACUGUGUUUUAUUUUAUAAAGUAUAUAACAGUGAUCUCCUAUU